AUGGUAUGUGGUGAACUCCAUUUCGGUCAUCUGUUCGUGCCAAUUUGUGAAAUAUAACCUACAGCACCGGGAUGCAACAGAGACAGCAGGGAAAUUUCGUUUGCCUAUUCUCUCCCACGCAUUUGUAUAAUAGACGUUCUCCCCCUCUUAACGCCUCUCUCAUAUACGAUUUGUCGCUGACAAAUGACUUUUAUGUUUUUUCUUGGUGUUCUGCUGACGUCUGGGGGGGAUUAACAGCCGCUCCGACUGGAGAUCAAGGUAUUUUUAACUUUUUCAUUCUAGUUUGGCCUAUUUUCACCUAGAUCUGUUUCUUUCUUCAAGUUCACAUUUGGAAUUCGGCAUAUAUUUCCACUUCAGCGUUUGUCACUUUUUCCGGAGCAAUAUUUUAUCUGAGAGUAUGCUGAUGAUAUUUUUUUGGAUCAGAGGAAACUUGCGCAAAGGUCGGAGAGAGUGAAAUCUGUGGAUCUGCAUCCGACCGAGCCAUGGUACUUGCUUUCUGUUUUCCGGAAUGAGUUGUAACUUUUUGCUGUGAUUUCUUGCUGUGGGGUGCAUAUUGAUUGGUGGAAUAGGAAAGCUUGCGCCGUUCACCCUGUUAAAUCAUGUAGGAUGAUUUCUGCGUUCAAGUGGGCUUAGGAAUGAUUUUUGCUUCCUUUAAGCGGUGUAGAAUCAAUUUUUCUGUUUCGACUCCGUGGCCAAUUAGAGGUUAUCAUAUGUUUAUAAUCUCGACAAUCUUCUGCUUUACCAGGAUUCUCGUCAGUCUUUAUUCUGGAAGUGUUUGCAUCUGGAACCAUCAGUCGCAGGUGAGAAACUUCAAUUUUCAUGUUUUCCCAGUAUUUUGCUUGCAUGCCUAGCCUUUAUGACUCUCUAAAGAGUGCUGAAGUUGUACGUUAUUUGUCCUGGGUGGAUGUUAUUAUUUCUCAUGUCAAAAUUCUUAGGCUUGUUGCUUGGAAGAGCAAAGAGUAGCGCCUCUAAUGAAUGAGGAUUUUUUUGGGAUGGCACAUCUCCAUUCAUACCAGUAGUCCCUAUUAGAUUGUGACCAUCAAAAUCCUCCUGCUUUUCUGCUUCUUUCUUCUGCCUUUUUUUUAAUUAUGUUAUCACUCGAUUUCUGUUAUAUACUCCCUGGCGCUUGGAUAUUAUCAUCCUUUUCUAUUACUGUCAUUUUGUCAAUUCAUGUUCAUUUUCUUAAAGCAAAUGGAGAACUGAGAAAAAAUAUUUUUUUCCUAUACGUACCACACGAAAUUUAGUAAACAUUCUAAAGUUCACUAAGUUGCUCACGUCUUAUCCUAGCCCUUUAUAUGUAGCUUUAAACUGUUGGACAAAUGUAUAGGUCUUAUGGCGUUGACCUGAUCUACAUCAGCAAAUGUCAACUGAGCCCGGGCUAUUCCCAGCCGACCAAAAUGAAUCAAGAAUGGGAUAUUGAACCAUUCACAAUGAUCUAGAAAAAGAUAUGAAUUAUCUCAAUCUCGCUAAUGCGGUUCACAAUUGAGGAAAUUCCCUGUGAAAUACCAUCUGUCCAUUUUUGUCGAUGGAUAAUAAGAUCGGCAUAAGCUGCAUGGCAUGGUGCCGUGUGUGUGAUCAGAUCCAUUUGCUUGGGCAACUCCUUGAUGAUCUUGAACUCUUGAUGGUCAGAUUGGCUCAAGGACGAAGACCUUCCUCACUCAUUGCUACUGCCCUUUGAAUUGACGCAUGGUGUGGUCUUAAGAAAUGACCUUUUUUGUUCUCAAGCCCCCUCUUCCUUGAGCGCCAAAAUGAAGGCUUUUCUUACCCAUCACUUUUUUCAUUUGACAUAUAGUAGAAUGACAAAAUCCCGAGAUUUUCGUCCAUUGCAUCGUUCCUUUGAAGAUUUGUAUCACAUGACUGGAUACAUACUUCUGCAAUAUAUUGGGCUUUUGGCUACACUUCUGAUCAUAUUCAUUAAUAUUUUUUCCCCUCCAGACAAUGGUCAAAUCUUUCGAGGUGACCGAAUUACCAGGUAUGUAAUUCAUCACGAGGUUUCUUUAAAUUCAUGUUGAAUAUGUAUUGUGUUCUAAUGUAAUUUUUAAUUUUCAGUGCGGUCUGCAAAGUUCAUAUCACGCAAACAGUGGAUUGUUGCUGGAGCAGAUGAUAUGUUUAUUCGAGUUUACAAUUAUAAUACAAUGGACAAAGUUAAGGUUUUUGAGGCCCACACAGAUUAUAUACGAUGUGUAGCUGUACACCCUACUCUUCCAUAUGUGCUGUCAUCUUCUGACGAUAUGUUGAUAAAGCUCUGGGAUUGGGAAAAAAGUUGGAUGUGUACUCAGAUAUUUGAGGGCCAUUCACAUUAUGUCAUGCAAAUCACUUUUAAUCCCAAAGACACGAACACAUUUGCAAGCGCAUCCCUUGAUCGUACAAUAAAGGUGCUCUUAUGUCUUAUAGAUCUGCCUGAUAGAUACUUCAAUUAAUUUUACAUUUAUUGUGGUCUAAUAUGUAAUUUUGUGUAUGCUAGAUAUGGAAUCUUGGUUCCCCAGAUCCUAAUUUUACACUGGAUGCCCAUCAGAAAGGAGUGAAUUGUGUUGACUAUUUCACUGGCGGUGAUAGACCAUAUCUAAUCACUGGUUCUGAUGACCAUACAGCCAAGGUUUGACCCCUCCUCUUUGCUGACUUCUUAAAAAAAUCGUUUUUUCACCCCAAACUUUGUUAUUCCGUUUUGUGGAAACAGGUAUGGGACUACCAAACAAAAAGCUGCGUUCAAACCCUUGAAGGACACACACAUAAUGUUUCAGCAGUCUGUUUCCAUCCAGAGCUUCCGAUCAUUAUUACUGGUUCCGAGGAUGGAACAGUUCGUAUAUGGCAUGCGACUACUUAUAGGUACAUUAUUUUAUGCUUUUAUUUAAUUUACUAAGGCAUUUGGGUUUAUUCAUCAACAGUGUUGAUGGUAACAUAUGGUUGCAAGGGAGUGGAACAACGAAUUUAGUACAUUUUUUGUAUAUAUUCAAUGGCAGUGUUGCAUUGGUGAUGACUGAUUUUUUUUCGGUAUUUUUGAUCUUUUAUUAAACUGCCAUUUUUUAUUCAAACAUGUUGAUUCAUAUUAUGUAACAAACUGUGCUUUUGGCAUACAUUAUUUACUAAAAUCUUGAAUAUGAGUUGAUGUACUAUACGGGUUCUAUUGUUGUCUUCUUGCAUUUUUAAGUUCAUCGCACUGCUAUACUAACUUUCUGUCUCUAAUAAAAAUAUUGAUUUUUAUUUUUCAAUUCUCAUCUGUGGCUAUAAUAAAUUUCUAAUGCUUUUAGAUGCAAAAUUGCUGCAGUAUCACAUUCCUAGUUGUCACGAGAUGAAAAAUGGCUGGAAGAAAUUGCUAUUUAGAAAUCUGUCCCAAAUCAUCUUAUUAUCGUCUGGAAGAAAUUUCUGUUUCUUAUGUCCUCUGUCGUUUGACUGAAAAAAGCUUAAUCAUAUAAUAUGCUUGAAUAAAUUAUGCUUUACUAAGAGACUCUUAGAAGCUCUGUUUCUACAAUUAAAUUUUUCUGACUUCAUGCUUUUCAUGAAGUACUAUCUUAGAUUGAACCAACAGACUUUUCCCUAAAAAUAGUCUUUUUUGUGUUGAUGAAAGAAGUACGCUGAACCACACUUUGUUUAAUUACAGGCUAGAGACAACAUUGAAUUAUGGUCUUGAACGAGUAUGGGCUAUUGGAUAUAUGAAAGGAUCACGAAGGUAUGUGGAUUAUACAUAAUAUCUUUUUUCUUGUUCUGAUUCAUCUGGUAAUGCGUGUUUAUUUCAGAACUUGGGAGUUGAUGGAUAUUAUUUGAAAACUUAAUACCUCGUUGCAUACGUUUUGUUUUGUUUGCCCUUCAAAAUGGGAGGACUUGUAUCUUCAACUUUUUGGUGGUAAAAUUAUGUGGAAUUGAAACCUCAUAAUAACGUGGUGCUGAGUUGCGAAUUGCUAAGCUUUUUAGAAGUUUCGUUUCUUGACAUUGAUAAACGAAAUAUUUGAGAAGUUGCUCCAUUAUUGUGGUGGUCUUUAUUUUCCAGGCUUGCGAUUGGAUACGAUGAAGGAACCAUUAUGGUAAAAAUUGGUCGAGAAGAGCCUGUUGCCAGUAUGGACAGCAGUGGGAAAAUAAUAUGGGCAAAGCACAAUGAAAUUCAAACUGUGAACAUCAAGACUGUGGGAGCAGACUUUGAGGUUAGUAGACAUUUAUCUUUGACCAGUUGAACUAUUCGCUCUACAGUUGUUUUUGGAGCUGACAUAAUUGGACAUGGCAGGUAACAGAUGGAGAAAGAUUACCUCUAGCUGUCAAGGAGUUGGGCAGCUGUGACCUAUACCCUCAAGUAAGUUGACCCUAGUUAUCAAGAUACAUCGAAUGGAGCAUUUUUCUGAGGCAUUAUGUGAUAUUCUUCGAGGAAUUCUGAAUGAACGCUUUUCUUUAUCAAAUUUUGAGCUUUGGAUCAUGUUUUGCUAAGAUCCAGCACGAAAACUUGUCCUGUAUUUUGGUUUCCUACAAUUUUAGAUAAAGUUGUUUAAGGUUGGAAUUGGUUGGUCAUUUCUGAAUGGGUUGGGACUAGACUCAGGCCUAACAUUUUUUUCAGACUAAAGGCUAUCUUGAGUGUGCGUAUUGUAUCUUUAAUGCUUACCAGUAAAUUUCCUUAUAUUAUAAAAUUCAUGCUUUUUCCAGAGCUUAAGGCACAAUCCGAAUGGAAGAUUUGUCGUCGUUUGUGGUGAUGGCGAGUACAUCAUAUAUACAGCUUUGGCUUGGAGAAAUAGAUCUUUUGGUUCUGCUUUAGAAUUUGUGUGGUCAUCUGAGGGAGAAUAUGCAGUUCGGGAGAGUACGUCAAAAGUGAAAAUCUUCAGCAAAACUUUCCAGGUUUGACCUCAUCUUAACUUAUUUAUCAUUUUUUAUUUCUUUGGAUGUUUCUAAACCUUGAUGAAAAGCUUUCCUUAUUCGACUUAUUUUCCCAGUGAGAGAUGUACAGCCAGAUUAGGCAUUUCACUUUUUUGGAGCAUACAUAAUAAAAUGGAGUUAUGGUCCUAUAACCUGGAAGUAAUGAGGGUGAUUACUAACAUAGUUCAAGGACACCUAAUAAUAAAGCAUCUUUAUGUCGUUUUCCAUGUUUAUACAUGUGGAAAUUUUCGUUUCGUUGGGUGGUUUAUUUGUUUGAAAGAACUAAUUAAAAUCAUUUUAGGAAGAGCAUUGGUCAGAGGAACAUGAACCAUAUGUGAACUUUUACUGGUUUAUGUUUCUUUAAGUUUUAGUUCCUAAACGAAAUUCAUUGCUUCAUGAUUUCUUCUGUCAUCAUUACAGUGGCAAUCUGUAUUUCUGCUUUCUUCAAACAUUUUGUACAUUCAACGUUCAGAAAAGGGGUGUAAGAAGAAUGGUUGGAUUUUUGUAUUUGAUUCUUUAUAUGCGGACAUUUUCCCAAUUAGAUUUUUUUUGCAUGCCGACUUCAAUUAGCCAUUUUAAAUGCAAAAUUUGUAUAUGUUUGCCUUUUUAACCUAAUGGAUUCAUUACAUGAUCAAAACAUGCGUCUUGUUGUGGGUGAUUUCAACCUUGAUGUUCGUUUGAGUUUCUAUUUAAUAUUGAAAUACAUUUUAUACAUCUCCAAAAGUCACUCUCUUUGUUUUUACUAAGCAUUCACACAAUAGCUUUGUUUCCACCAAGAACAUUAUAAUCCAUAUUCAAAAUUUGAUAUUACUAAAACUGGUUUAGUUUUUCUGCUUAAUUUUGUGGCAACUUUUUUAUUACAAAACAAAAGGAAGACUUGCUUUGUCCGUCAAAAAAUGUGAUGUAUUAUCAUAUUCUCCUCAUACUUGAUCAUUUGGACUCAAACAACUAAGAUUGCAACUGGAUCUGAUUCAGGAGAAGAAAAGUGUACGCCCAACAUUCUCUGCAGAGCGAAUUUUCGGCGGAUCCCUCCUAGCAAUGUGCUCGAAUGACUUUGUCUGCUUUUAUGAUUGGGCUGAAUGCAGGUUAAUACGUAGGAUUGAUGUAAACGUCAAGGUAGGUUUUCUGUCCUGCAUAUAGAGCGUAGUUGAUAUUUUGUAAUCUUUUGCGCUAUUGUGUUUAUAUUGUGCUAGUGGUUUUAUUGUUUCAGAAUCUCUAUUGGGCUGAUAGUGGUGACCUGGUAGCAAUUGCUAGUGACACAUCAUUUUACAUUCUCAAGUACAAUGUAAGCUUUCCCUUUCCUUUUAUAUGACAGAUACUGGUAGAUUCUCUUUACUCUUUUAUCUGUUGUAAGACCAGCGUGUCUUUUUUCAGAGAGACGUUGUAGUCUCUUAUUUGGAAAGCGGUAGAUCUGCUGAUGACCAAGGUGUUGAAGAAGCAUUCGAUCUCCUUCACGAAGUAAAUGAGAGGGUCCGAACAGGGAUAUGGGUUGGAGACUGUUUUAUCUAUAAUAACUCUUCUUCACGGCUAAACUAUUGUGUUGGUGGAGAGGUUUGUUUAAUUACUCUUUUUACAUUUCUUUUAUUUGUACUGUGUAUAUGAUGUGCAGCGGGAUGAAUAUCUGCUUUUAUUGUUAUAGGUAACUACAAUGUUUCACUUAGACAAACCAAUGUACUUGCUGGGCUAUCUUGCCAACCAAAGUCGUGUAUACCUGAUCGACAAAGAGUUUAAGUGAGUGAUAUUUCAGUGUUUGUGUGCUUUCUAACCGUUGUCUCUACUCAGGUAAAUACUUAGUCAUCUAUUUCUUUUCGAAUGUAGUGUUGUAGGAUACACAUUACUUCUCAGUUUGAUUGAGUAUAAAACACUGGUGAUGCGUGGGGAUUUGGACCGUGCAAACGAAAUUUUGCCUUCAAUACCGAAGGAACACCAUAACAGGUGCGAUUGCUCUACAUCUCUUUUUACUUUCUUCUGAGGUUCCUCAAACACAGUUUGUGGAAAUGGAAAUUUUGGAAAGUGGAUAACAUGAUUGAGAACUAUAGCAUUUUUCUUUUACCAAGCUUCAAAUUCUUGGAUCUUUCUCUUCUGUUAUGGGUUUUUUUUUGCUCAGAAUUUUUGAAAGGUAUGUAGCAAUACAAAACUACAAGUUCUUAGCCUCUUAGGCCAUCGUUUGCCAAUCAAUACGUUGCAAAAAGAGCCAUUUAAGUUACAAGGUUUUUUAAGUCUAGUCAGAUUGUGCGUGAGAAUCUUCUGGCAAUGAAUUAUAUAUCAACAUGUAUCAGUAUUUUGACAUUUGAAUCUUUUCAUAUUCCAUUAUAAUGGUGAAAACUCACAGAUUUAUGUGUUUAUGUUUAUUGAAGCCUUUUGUAGUAUAAGACAGUUCUCAUUAGUAAUCAAUGAAAUAGUAUUAGGACUUUCGUACUGAUAAGUGAAUUUCGUGUACCAGUUUGCAUAUGGAUUCUGUAAUGAUGUCAUGUGCGUGAUCCACAUAACAAUUGUGCAGUGGUUUGGGUGUAUGUCUUUGUGAAAACAUUGGUGCUUAUUGCAAACAUAUUGUGCAGUCAUAUUGAAACUGUCAUCUCCUACUGGUUUUGCUGGCUCCUCUGCCCUUAAUCAUUUGUGUUGGAUAAGAAACUGUUAUGACUUUAUCAUAUCCUUUGGUGUGAAAGAUAAGGGAUUCCGGAUAUUCGAAUAAAUUUAUAUUUAUCGUGUUAAAUGAGAACAGCCUUUGAGACUAGUUUUCCUGUGUAAUGUUAUUCCACAUUGAUACGCUGAUACAACUCCACUGUUUUGACAUUAUCAGUCAUAAACAGUUGUAUGUUAUUUGAAAUUCUGAAUUAGUUUGUCAUGGGCUUAUGGUGUUGGAUUCGUACAGAAAGAAAAAGGGAUGUGACUACCUUGCGAGUUGUUUCCUUUGGUCUGGUUACUUUGUAAAUCCUCUUGUUGGCAUCAAACCCUGACUCUGGGGAGAAUUACGCCGUGCUUUUCAGUGUGGCACAUUUCUUGGAGUCAAGAGGCAUGCUGGAAGAUGCACUGGAAGUCGCUACAGAUCAUAAUUACAGAUUUGAUCUGGCUGUGCAACUUGGAAGAUUAGAGGUUGCAAAGGUAUAUUUCUUCGACUUUUUUUUCCCACGCAGAACGAUUAUAUGAUUCAUUUUUCCUGGAAUUUCUGUCCAAUUAUUUGGUUUCAAAACUUUAAUUGAUCUUUGUAGGGGAUUGCUAUUGAAAUACAAAGUGAAUCAAAGUGGAAGCAGCUAGGAGAACUAGCCAUGUCGUCUGGAAAGGUAUUCUCCUAUUUGCCGAAAUAAGACAGUCGAAAAUCCCUUCUUUUUCAAAACCAAGACAUGAAAUGGUUCCUUUCUCGUUUUUUCUCAUUCCCCUUCGAUAUACAGGUUUCCAUGUCUCAAGAGUUCUUGUUUUCUUUUCUUUGUGAUUUGGUUUAUAUCGAAUAUUCAUUGCAUCACAUUUAAAGGUUGUGAUCUCUUAUAUCGUUUUUCUUUAUUUGAAAAAUGUAGCCAGCUCAAAUUGUUCCUGUAUGAUAUUUCCUAGAAAAUGAUUGCACGCGUUUUGCCAAACAUGAUUUAGUUUUAUGUCUUGGUAGGAUAGCCUUCUUUUUGUUUGAUGUUAGAUCAUUCUGCUCUUAUUCCAGUUGAGACUGUUUGUUUUCUAAACGUCAGAAUUUUUCGCUGUCUCAUCGGUUCGUUAUAUAUUUCUGUGGACGCAGUUGGAAAUGGCCGAGGAAUGCUUACAAUAUGCUAUGGAUUUGAGUGGUUUGUUGCUUCUCUACUCGUCCCUGGGGGAUGCGGAGGGAAUCACUAAGCUUGCGUCCCUUGCAAAAGAACAGGGGAAGAACAAUGUUGCCUUUCUCUGCUUGUUCAUGUUAGGCAAGUUGGAGGACUGCCUUCAGCUGCUGGUGGAGAGGUAACUCCCAUUCUACAAUUCUCGUUGAAAUAUAUUUCGAGAUCAUUAUCACAAUCUUUUGUACGGUUACAGCAAUCGCAUUCCAGAAGCUGCUCUUAUGGCGCGGUCCUAUCUUCCAAGCCACGUUUCUAAGAUCAUAGGAAUCUGGCGAAAUGAUCUGAAUAAGGUUCGGUUCUUUCUUCCCUUCAAGGAGUUAUUUUCUGAUGAAAAAUUGAAUCGUUUUUAAAUAGCCUGGAAUCUGUUCUUCGUUUUCUUCAAUCAUCUUGUUUCUUUCUAUGAUCUGGAGAGGGAUGAAACACGGGCUUCUGUUUGAAAUGUUUUCUUUGUGCUCUAUUUGAAGGUUAACCCGAAAGCUGCAGAGUCUUUGGCAGAUCCUGAGGAGUAUCCCAACCUCUUCGAGGACUGGCAUCUUUCUCUUGAAGUCGAGUCUAACAUCUCAGAUAAAAGGUGCACAUUUCUGGCUCUCUCUCUCUCUCUCCCCUCUCCUGAAUUUUCCAGGUUGGGUAAGGCCCAGUAGAAGUCAACUCCAAUGUCUCUUAUUCCACAGAUGGAAUCUUUUACACUAGGAUGCUAGUUUCUGUAGCCAUGUUCGCUGUUCUGCCUUAUCUUGACCAGUCCUGUUCUUGGAAGCAGGGGCAUCUUUCCUCCUGCUGUGGAGUACCUAAACUAUGCCGGAAAGCCUAACACCAACCUCGUCGAAGCAUUCAAAAAUAUGCAAAUCAGUGAAGAAGAUGAGGGAGUGCCGCUCGAGAAUGGAGAUUCUGGCCACGAGGUCUGUUGAUGCUUACGAAUACUUAUUUUUGCUCUACUUUUUACGGUUUAUUUUGCAAAAAUCUUCAAUAAUGUCUGUCAGAUCUCACAUCAGUUUCACAGUUACUGGUGAUUUCCGCUGGCGAUUUUCCCAAAAAUAAUGAGAGAAUGUAUAUUGGUAGCUGAUCGGUAUCCUUCCUUAAUUUUAUCGAAUUCUCUCGUAAAAUUUAUCCUAACUCAACGACAUCACUUCCUUCAUACUUCUAUUGCAUAAAAAGAUAAUCUAAAGUUAGUUUUUUUUUUUUAAAGUGACUGCGUAUUAACAGCUGAUCUGCCAUAUCCUUGCUUGUUUUUUAUCAGAUUCUCAUAAGAUUACAGGCUGCAUGGUCAACUUCUCAUGACAGAAAUCCUUAAUCGCCGAUUGACUUCUGUCUAUUUUUGCCUACAGCAUGCAUUCGCAUCCUCAAACGUACAUUUUUAGAAGAAAAAAAAAAGGCGAUUGCAUUUUUAGAAAAAACCGUUCAAUGCUGUGCCAUACCCUGGAUCCCCCUUGCUAUCAUGCUCAUAUUUUUCCAGAAAAGGGGAGUGGAAUCCGGAUCUCUAAUAUUUGCUUCCAGAUACUGAUUUCUGACCUCUCUCUCUCCCUCUUCUCCAGGCUGCAGGAGCAGGAGAAGAUGGUGAAGAGGAGGCCAUCGAAGUCGAUGCCGAUGGCUCUACAGAUGGCGCCGUCCUUGUUAAUGGGAACGAGGGCGACGAACAGUGGGGUACGAAUAACGAAGGAACUCCAACAGCCUAA